CCGGGCGGAUGGGAACAAACUUCCGAACCAGCGAAGGUGCGGGCAGCCGGGUAUCCUCCCAGGCGAACCCAAACAGCCGAGGGCCUGCAGUGGGCCAGCAGAGCAGCACGGAGGCCGGUGCUGUCGGAACAAGGUGUCCGGGAUCCCCGAACCCUCUGCGUGGGCCGUGACCGCUUUCCUCACCAUGCCUCACAACUCCAUCCGCUCGGGCCAUGGGGGGCUGAACCAGCUGGGUGGAGCCUUUGUGAACGGCCGGCCUCUCCCUGAGGUGGUGCGCCAGCGCAUUGUGGACCUGGCUCAUCAGGGUGUGAGGCCCUGCGACAUCUCACGCCAGCUCCGGGUGAGCCACGGCUGUGUCAGCAAGAUACUGGGCAGUAGGUACUACGAGACUGGGAGCAUCCGGCCUGGAGUGAUUGGGGGCUCGAAGCCAAAGGUGGCCACCCCUAAGGUGGUGGAGAAGAUUGGGGAUUAUAAGCGGCAAAACCCAACCAUGUUUGCUUGGGAGAUUCGGGACAGGCUCCUGGCUGAAGGAGUCUGUGACAAUGACACCGUCCCCAGCGUCAGCUCAAUCAACAGAAUUAUUCGGACCAAAGUACAGCAGCCAUUCAACCUCCCCAUGGACAGCUGUGUAGCUUCCAAGUCUCUGAGUCCAGGACACACCCUGAUCCCCAGCUCAGCUGUGACACCCCCAGAGUCUCCACAGUCAGAUUCGCUAGGUUCGACCUACUCCAUCAAUGGGCUCUUGGGGAUUGCUCAGCCUGGCAAUGAAAGCAAGAGGAAAAUGGAUGACAGUGACCAGGACAGCUGCCGGCUGAGCAUCGACUCUCAGAGCAGCGGGAGCGGCCCCCGGAAGCACCUGAGGACAGACACAUUCAGCCAGCAUCACCUGGAGUCGCUGGAUUGCCCAUUUGAGAGGCAACACUACACGGAGGCUUACCCAUCUCCCAGCCACACCAAAGGCGAGCAGGGUCUCUAUCCUCUACCCCUGCUCAAUAGUGCCAUGGACGACGGGAAGGCCACGCUGACCCCUUCCAACACACCGCUUGGCCGCAACCUCUCGGCUCACCAGACGUACCCCGUGGUGGCAGAUCCUCAUUCACCCUUCGCCAUAAAGCAGGAAACCCCCGAUGGGUCCAGUUCUAGCUCCACCCCUUCCUCUUUAUCUAGCUCGGCCUUUUUGGAUCUGCAGCAAGUCGGCUCAGGGGCCCCAGCUGGUGCCUCGGUCCCAUCCUUCAAUGCUUUUCCCCAUGCUGCCUCCGUGUAUGGGCAGUUCACGGGCCAGGCCCUCCUUGCAGGGCGGGAGAUGGUGGGACCUACGCUGCCCGGAUACCCACCCCACAUCCCCACCAGUGGCCAGGGCAGUUACGCCUCUUCUGCCAUUGCCGGCAUGGUGGCAGCAGGAAGCGACUACUCUGGAAACGCCUAUGGUCAUUCCCCCUACUCCUCCUACAGCGAGGCCUGGCGCUUCCCCAACUCCAGCCUGCUGAGUUCCCCAUAUUAUUACAGUUCCACCUCAAGGGCGAACGCGCCUCCCACCACCGCUUCGGCCUUUGACCACCUGUAGUUACCAUGGGGACGGCGGGAGCGACCGUACGGCCGGCAGGAGGAUUCGGACUGGGACAGACCCCAGGAAGUCACACAAAGGAAUCUUUAUUUAUUACAUGAAAAAAUAACCACAAGUCCAGCAUUUCAA